AUGCGCUCCAACUCUGCCGUUCUUGCUCUUGUCGACGCCCUCCGCUGCAUAGUGUGUCACGAUGUAGCCCGUAAACCCGUGGUACUGGGCUGUGACCACAUCUUCUGCCUCGAGUGCAUCCGGAGCAUCCCCCCGGAUACAGAUAACGCCCUCAUGUACCGGUGCCCCCUUUGUAGUGCCCCGUACUCUCUUCAGCGGUGCCAGCCAAAUGCGCGGCUAGAUUUAAUCUCCAUGAACUUCCUGGUUCUUCUCGAAACGGUUUUUAAGGCCCCUUCCGCAAUUUCACCCGUACGGCAAGCCACUCCUGAUCGAGCCAGCUUUAUAACGGCCAGUUCUUUCAUAUCGAUUAGCGAUGAAGACCCUCCCGUUGUCUAUCAGAAGCCUCCCUCUCUUUCCCGCGGCACUCACGAUGCAGCCGAGCAACCGGUCGUAAAGCGCCGUCCGCCGGCUAUACCUCGUAAGGCCCGCUGUGCUGCUCGUGGAAAGGCCCAGGCUGGUGACUUCGAUUCACUUGCGUACAUUCCUUUGUCGGAGUUCUGCAGGGGAGACGCCGUGAUGCAGCGGCUGGAAACCCUGCGCGCCUGCGAUUGGCUGCUACGGUUUGGCUUCAGCAGCACCUUCGUCAGCGACCUUCGCAGUGGGGCCAGCGGGAUACGGGCCAUCAAGCUCUACAACGAGUAUCUCCGUCGCUACAAGCACCUUCGAUCUGAUCCCACCCUUGCCCAAAAUCCAGACCUCCGCCUCUACGUUACCGACAUCGUGCUGCGGACAGAGGCAUCCGCGACGGUACCUGACCCCCAGGCGGCCUCCGACACAGCCAUGUACGCCACGCUCCUGAAGGAGCUCCUCGGGCGCAGAGACGCGUGCAGCCGGCUCCUGCGGAAAACGGCAAAGGGGCUCGGCAUUUACUUCAACCAGACUUGA